AUGCUAAAAAACACCACUCUCAUUGCCUUACCGUCCUACCUCACUACCAAGGAAAACAAUUCAUCACCCCGUCUUUCAUUUGAAAGUAUGGAGCCCCCGCGCCAUCCGCUCGCGGAUAUCACUUCUGAAGUCGAAACAACCACUAGCUCUCAAACCGCAAACUUCAGCCCAACCUCCUCACAAUCCUACCCAGAAAACAGCUCAAACAGUCCCAAAAGCCGUCUCCCAGUCCACAAGCCCAUCAAAGUCAUCGUCGGCGCAGACCCCGUCAGUCAACGAACUUGGUACCUCCCCGAAGCGCUUCUGACACACCACUCCACACUCGCCGCCUCCCUUCUAAACAGCAGGCCAGACAGCAUCCUCACCUGGCCCAAUGUGGAUGCACGAGAUUUCGCCAACUUUGCUACACCGCAGUGA